AUGCCGCCCCAGACUAAGGCCCUGCCGAUCGACGGGGCGAGCGUCACUACUUUUGACCGCUUCGGCGACCACCGCGGCUACUUCAACGAGCUGUACAACGAGGAGAAGUAUGACGGCCUCUCUGCGCCGGGAGAGCGGUGGAAGCAGGUGUCCUUCUCAUCGUCGCAGAAGCACGCGCUGCGAGGGCUGCACUGCUCGCCGCACGGCAAGUUCAUCACCUGCGUUCGCGGUUCCUUCUACGAUGUGAUCGCCGAUUUCCGCGACGGCUCGCCGACGUUUGGCCGGUGGUGUGGCGUGUUUGUGCCUGGCGGCUGCGGGCACGGCUUCUUCACCUUCGAGGACGACACGUGCGCUCUGUACCUGCAAGAGGGAUGCUUCAACCCCGCCAAGGAGGCGGAUACCCACCCCUUCGACCCGCUCGUCAACGUCCAGUGGCCGGUGCCCGAGGGGGUGGUGCCGGUGAUGUCUGCCAAGGACGAGGCGGCGCCCUUCCUGUCGGUACGACGGCCCAAGUUGUGCGGCUACGCGCCGCGUGGCCGCGUGCUGGUCAUCGGAGGCACGGGGCAGGUGGGCGGCGCGUUGAUCGAGGCCUUUGGCGCGCGCAACUGCGUGGGCACCUACGCGGCGACGCCCGCCGAGGGGAUGAUCCAUUUCGACCUCGCGCAGGCGGCGAUGCAGCCGCAGCUGGCGAUCGAUUUGGUGCAGACUGUCUACCCGGAGGUCGUCUGCAUCUGCGCCGGCUUCACGUGGGUCGACGGGUGCGAGCGCGAGCCGCAGAAGGCAAACGCGAUGAACAACCGCGGCCCUGCCGUGCUGGCCGCCGCCGCGGCCGCCGUCGGCGCAAAGGUCGUCUGGUACUCCACUGACUACGUCUUCUCGGGCGGCUCGUCCUUGCCCGGCAGCGGCGGCAGCAAGGCCAACGGCGUCGCGGCGGCGGACGCGGGCGGCCCGUACGGCGAGGAGGACCCACCGUCGCCGCUCAACGUCUACGGGUCCUCGAAGCUCGCCGGCGAAGCGGCGGUGCUCGCCGCUGACCCCUCCGCCCUCGUUCUGCGCACCAACGUCGUGUACGGGCCGGAGCACGUCGGCAAGAAUUUCGUGUACCAGCUGGCGCGCAAGCUGGGCAGCGGCGAGGCGAUGAACGUGCCUGUCGACCAGAUCGGGACGCCCACGUACAACCGUGAUUUGGCUGAUGCGACGAAGCGCCUCGUCGAGGCGGGUGCGAGCGGCUUGUUCAACGUGGGCGGCCCCGAGCCGCUCGGCCGCGUCGCAUUCGCCGAGAAGGUGAUCACGGCGCUCGGGGGGCGCCGCCCGCUCGACGCCGGGCUCAUCAAGCCCGUGGAGACGGUCAACGCCGGCCAGGCGGCGUGCCGGCCCCUCGCAUCGGGCCUCAAGCUCGACAAGCUGCGCGCGGCUAUCCCCGACUGGGCACCACGCUCCGUCGCCGAGGCAAUCGACGAUUGGCUGGCCAACCCGCACGGCAAGUCCCUCGGGGAAUGAAUGGAUUUCCCGGAAGUGUGCCGUGGUUGCCGCCGUCCCGAUCUGCCCCGACGCGAACCGCUGCAUGCGGAGGGUCGCGUGCAAUCUUAUUCUUAACGACGGAUGUGGUCCACUUCGUGCUCCCCUUGGCAUAGUUGUGUGCGCGUGAGGCGCCGUCGUUCUAGUAGGUGGAGGUUGGAAACUUGCCAAGAUUCUGAUGUUUUUGUCCGUA